AUGUCUGUGCCCGACGUGCCCGUGGAAGUGUCCAAGGUGUUCGACACCAUUCUUGUGCUUGAUUUUGGCUCGCAGUACUCCCACCUCAUCACCAGAAGGUUGAGAGAGUUCAACGUGUACGCUGAGAUGUUGCCAUGCACCCAGAAGAUCAGCGAAUUGUCGUGGAAGCCCAAGGGUGUAAUCUUGUCGGGCGGUCCUUACUCCGUUUAUGCUGAAGACGCUCCUCACGUGGACCACGAUGUAUUCAAGCUUGAUGUCCCCAUCUUGGGCAUUUGCUAUGGUAUGCAAGAGUUGGCAUGGAUCAACGGUAAGGGCGUGGGCAGAGGCGACAAGAGAGAGUAUGGUCCAGCCACUUUGAACGUGGAGGACCAGGAAUGUCCUCUCUUUAAGGGCGUCGACCACUCUCAGGUGUGGAUGUCCCACGGUGACAAGUUGCACGCCUUGCCCACUGGGUUCAAGACUGUAGCCACGUCGGAGAAUUCUCCUUUCUGUGCCAUCCGUCACGAGAAAGACCCCAUUUUCGGUAUCCAGUUCCACCCCGAGGUGACCCACUCCGUCAACGGUAAGUUGGUUCUUAAGAACUUUGCCUUAGAUAUUUGUAAGGCUAACGCCAACUGGUCGAUGGAAAACUUCGUCGACACUGAGAUUGCCAGAAUUCAGAAGUUAGUUGGUCCUACCGCUGAGGUGAUUGGUGCCGUCUCUGGUGGUGUUGACUCCACUGUGGGCGCCAAGAUUAUGAAGGAGGCCAUUGGCGACCGUUUCCAUGCCAUUUACGUCGACAACGGUGUGAUGAGAAAGAACGAGACUGAGACUGUUUACAAGACCUUGACUGAAGGCUUGGGUAUCAACUUGACUGUCGUGGACGCCAGCGAGUUGUUCUUGAGCAGAUUGAAGGGUGUCACCGACCCUGAGAAGAAGAGAAAGAUCAUUGGCAAUACUUUCAUCCAUGUUUUCGAGGAUGAGGCCGCCAAGAUUAAGCCUGCUUCUGGCCAGUCCAUCGAGUUCUUGUUGCAAGGUACCUUGUACCCUGAUGUGAUUGAGUCCAUCUCUUUCAAGGGUCCAUCUCAAACCAUUAAGACUCACCACAACGUCGGUGGCUUAUUGGAGGACAUGAAACUCAAGUUGAUUGAGCCAUUGAGAGAGUUGUUUAAGGACGAAGUUCGUCAUUUGGGUGAACUCUUGGGUGUUCCUCACGACCUUGUGUGGAGACACCCAUUCCCUGGUCCAGGACUCGCUAUCAGAGUUUUGGGUGAGGUCACGAAGGAGCAGGUUGCUAUUGCCAGAGAGGCCGACGCUAUCUUCAUCGAGGAAAUCAAGAAGGCUGGCUUGUACAAGCAGAUUUCCCAGGCUUUCGCUGCUCUUUUGCCUGUUAAGUCUGUAGGUGUCAUGGGUGACCAGAGAACUUACGAGCAAGUGAUUGCUUUGAGAGCCAUCGAAACAGUGGACUUCAUGACCGCUGACUGGUUUGUGUUUGAAGCCGCUUUCCUCAAGAAGGUCGCUUCUAGAAUCGUCAAUGAGGUUGACGGCGUAGCCCGUGUCACCUACGACAUCACCUCCAAGCCACCUGCCACUGUCGAGUGGGAAUAG